UUAUGAAAAAAGCAAUUUCUUUGUUUCAUAUAUUAUGUUUUAAGUAAUACAUACAGCUUAUAAAUGGCUUUCGUUUCCAUAUUUGUAUAGUCGCUCACAUGCGUCUGAGGGCUGAUAGUUUCUUCCUAAGCUUGAACUGUCGAAACGAAAUUGCUUCCUUUACGGUUUCGCGAGUUUCCCUAAGUGUGAAAAAAAAAUAUAUACGAGCUAGUUUCCUUUAGGGAGACGAGCACACUGCUGUAACUAAAUUUUUUCCAUUUCGGAUUAAUUAUUAUGAGUGGUACAGAUUGGAGAGUCAAGCACACUUGUGAUUAUGCUCCAUAAUUCAUACAAAUAAACUCUGUAUUUAGAAAAUGUACCAUUAGUGCGUUUCUAAAACAGUCGCAAGAGGCCCAGCAUUCUAAGGUGUUCAAAGUCUCCUUCUGAAUUUGAAGAAAAGCAGUAUAACAAUGAAAGAAAUAGUAAGCAUAUCUUGUAUCUGGAAUCCACCGCCGGUAACAAACAACCUCUAACCCAACAAAUAAUUACAUAGCCAAAUAAAUGUUAUUGCUUUUAAUUAGAAUACACUUACUGAAGAGAAUGGUUUAGUAACGAGCAUGUGUUAUAUUUAACUGUAGAAUCUUGUUUUUCCAUCUAUUAAAUAAUUUAUAUUUAUCAAAUGUUAUCCAAAUCUUCAAACUUUAAAUUGCUAUGUUUUGUCUGUAUGUGGAAUAGUGAAUACUAUUUUAAAUUAGGCUUAAUUCAGAGAUCGAUUUUAGUACAAGGAAGGUCUCUUGUGUUUAGUCCUGUAUUGAAUAGUGUCACUAAAGAAGUAAGUUGCAUUAUUAACUUAUUAAUUUUUGGAAUAGCUUUAGCAUUCUCAAGUGUGUAUUGCAUUUCCUCAUAUAUGCAACAUGGCUGAAGCAAAUAAGGUAAACUUAAAAUAUUUAUUUAAGUUAGAAGCAAUGGGUGAAAGAAAUGUAAUUGAUUGGUGUAUGGAAAAUGGGUUAAUAGCUUACUGUUAUGUAUGUCCAAUAUGUAGCAACAAUAUGAAAUUAACUGAGAGAAAAGGUUUAUCUGAUGGCUGGCAAUGGCAUUGUCGUGCAAAGAGUAAGGACAAUUUUCAUGAAGUCAAGAGAAGUGUGAGAAAAGAUUCAUGGUUUGCUGAGAGUCGUAUGUCACUGAGUAUGAUUUUGCAACUGACAUAUUUGUGGUAUAUGAAGCUGACAAAUGAAUUUAUUACAAAUGAAUUGCAAUUGUCGACGCACACAGUUAUAGACUGGAAGAUGUAUUGUCGUGAGGUAUGCAUUGAAUUGUGUUGUAGAGAUAGCGUAGUGCUUGGAGGUCCUGCAGUAGUUGUUGACUUGCAUGAAGGUAAAUGUAGAAAGUCUAGAUGUCGUGAUAUGGAAGGAAAACGUAUAUUUUGUGGAAUAGAAAGAGGUACAAGUAAAUGCUUUCUUACUGUUGUUGACAGCCAUAGUAGAGAAGUUUUGUUGAAAGUACUUGAAGCAUAUGUUUUGCCUGAAUCUAAGAUCAUUUCAGACUGUUGGGAAACAUAUAACUGUAACCCUAAUGAGGGCUUUAUACAGCUCAGUACAAAUCGCAGUCUCAGUUUUCAAGGUUGUGGGACGGAUCUACAGAUGCGUAGGUGUUUAGGGACAUGGAUGGCUAUUGGAAAAGAUCCUCAACAAAGAAAGGAUCAUUUUGAUUCGUAUCUUGCUGAAUAUUUGUGGAGGAAAAAUCAUAAAGAGGAAACUUUUUUAUCGUUUAUGAAAGCUGUGGCAGACAUUUAUAGAUCUCGAAUGGAUGAUUAAAGAGAGCAGAUUCCAAAAUAAAGAAAGCUGUUUUCAUCAUCAUGUCUCCCAUACUGGCUGAAACUUUAAGGACACUGAUGGUAAUAAUCCGAGCUAAUAGCUUCAGGAACUGUGUUGUCAUCUCAUCCUUACCUUCAAAAUGUCACAGUGAAGGGCCAUCAGAAGAUGGAAAUUUUACUUCACUAGAAAAUCAUAUCCUAAACUGGAUGGGGCAUAGGGAUUAUUCAGCUUGUAUAUACCACAUUCCUUUAUUUGCUGCCUAUUUAACUAAAAAUAUGUUUAUUAUGCCCUCAUUUGUUAACCAGCUUUCUGUGUUCAAAUCUGGCUUACAAGAAAUGAAUAUGAGGAGAAUUGCUGAUAUUUCAUUAAGGGAUUUAUCUCAAGAUAUGCAGACUUCUAUCAAAAAUUUAGCAUGUUCUUUACUCUCCCACUUGGAUACACUUCAAAUUAAAGGAGAUUUUUUCUCCCUUGGACGACUCAGUCAUGUUUUGUGUACUGAAUUGGAAAAUCUCUCUCAAAAUACUAAAAGGAAGAUUUCUUCUAACAAAGCAUCCGUGCUUGUUGUCGAUCGCCUUCUAGAUCUUGCUGGACCAUUGAGCCAAUCAUAUGAAACAAUGUUGGAUCUGAUACUGAGAGCUUUGCCCCAUUUUCCUGGACAUGCUCUUGAUGUGUGUGUUUCUAUGGGUGAUCUUGCCACUUGUAAAAGUGAAUCAGUAUUUGGAAGACCUUUGCUUGCCCCAGGAUGUCUUGCUCACAAAAGCACUGCUGCAGAAAUCUCAAAUUUGAAUUCCAUUUUAUGCGAAAAGCCUAGAGAAGCUUUGAUUCAAACCAAUCGCAGUGUUGUUGAAUGUGCAUCUACUGAAGGGAUUGCUUUAGAGCUCAGUUCUCGAUUGACUCCUGAAGCCCUGAGGAACAGAAUCGUUUCUUUCAAGGAGAAGCCAAAAUCUCUUAUUAAAAACUGUGGAAUAUUACAACAAGCCUUAGCUGUAGUCCAAGCCUUAGAAUAUUCAAAAAUAAAUUCAGUUGAUCAUCUGUCUGCUAUUGAAAAAGCUUUAAUCCAGUUCUUAGCAACAUCUCCAGAAGAAGUUUUGAGUAAUAUAAUGCAAAUGGUUGCUGAGAAGGAGGAAAUGAACUAUAAGAUGGAAGAAAUAAUAGUCUUUUUGGCAUUCUUCUAUAUGCUUUCUGGUUGCAGUAGUGUGGAAAAUGAAUCUGCUAUGCAAGCAACUUUGAUGGAAACAUUCUUUCAAGAUAGUGGUACAAAUGACUUAGCUUCCUUAUUUGUGGAUGGAGAAUUGGAAGAUGAUAACAUAGUCAAUGCUGUCAGAAUAUUUUUUGAUGUUCUCAAAAGAUUAGGGACCAUGCGCAAAGGUUUGAAGAAGUAUACACAUGUCUUUAAAUCUACCAAUCCUGCAUACCCUGCUUCAUAUUGUCCCCUUUUAAAGCAAUUGUUGAAUGAUAUCUUCAAUACUGCAAUUCCUGAUUUGCCAGAUGUUGAAUUUCAUUCAGCUGGCCUGAAAGACUACCUCAAAACAGGAUUUAGCUUAUUUAUGAAUGUGGCAAAGCCUCAGCCUCGAGACAAUCCUGUAAUUUUUCUUAUUAUUCUUGGUGGCAUCACUCCUGCAGAAAUAAAAGCAGUUCAAGAAAUAGCUGCUCAUCAGAAAGGAACAGAAGUCAUAGUGGGUUGUACAAAUGUCCUAACACCUCCAGAUGUACUUCGAGAUUUGGGCUUGAUUGUAAAAGAGCUUUCAGCAGAUUGUUAUGAAAAUAAUGAUUUCCCUAAAUAAUACAAAAAGAAAUGUACAAGGUCAUCUUGUAAAUAAAAUUAUUUUUCUAGUUGUUAAAAGGCUUCAAUUUGAA